AUGGAAAUGAGUCAAACGCCAUCUACUAUGAAAACUGAGCCUGUCUCUGUAUCCGCAAAUCAAUUGAAAACAACGGAAAAUUCAUGGAAAAAGAUGCUGUCGAUCAUUGCGAUGAGCACUAUUUUUGCAUGUAUUAUAACCAUAGUCAUUGUUUUACCAUUGGUAUUAAAAAGAAGUAAUGAACUACUAUCCGGCACCAACCAUACAAUUAUAUCCACCACUGCAACCAGUUUUAACUCAUCGUCUAAUUUAUCAUACGACUAUAUGAGUGAGCUAACACAUCAAAGCAAAGUAUUCUACUCAACAAUGUCAUCAAGAAAACUCUACUAUGAAGCAUUAAUGAUAAAUAUAUCAAUGAGUGGAAACUAUACAUUUACUAGCGUUAGUAGUAUUGAUACGUAUGGUUAUCUAUACUAUAAUGAAUUUGAUCCAUUGAUGCCUUGUCAAAAUCUUCUGCAAGAAAAUGAUGAUAUUGCAGAUGAUGUUUUACAAUUUCAAAUUCAGUUGACGCUUCAGUCAUUUGUAACGUAUAUUUUGGUAGUUACAACAUAUCAUUCAAAUAGAACAGGAAAGUUUUCAAUCAUCAGUCAAGGUCCGAAGAAAGUCCAAAUUAUGCGAAUGAAUUCUGUUCAAAUAUCAGAUCUCAUCGCACUGAUCCAUCCUAACGAUAGUAUCUAUGGCGUGUACAAUACGACUAUGGGCGCUGAUAGUACAGCUUCAACAGCAGGUUCAACAGUCGGCAAUUAUCCCCCAGCAGAACGACCGGAAAAUGCGAUUGACAACAACACUUUAACGAAAUAUUUGAACUUCGGCUCAUGUAUUAAUAAUGGAUAUGGAAAUGAUGAAUGUGGUCUAAAUACUGGCUUUUAUUUAACGUUGAAAAGAGGUUUGUCAAUGGUGAAAGCAUUUCAAAUCUGUGUAGCCAAUGAUCAGGUGAGACGUGACCCAAUACGAAUCACGUUAGAAGGAAGUAAUGAACAAGGAGCUAAUCUCACGUUAGGUAAAAGUUGGACUCUUAUAUAUAAUGGAUUUACUGGUCUAGGAGUGUCUCCGGCGAGAUAUGACUGUGCAACAAGACAAUGUGUCAACAACUCAAUUAGUUAUACAAGUUAUCGCUUUCUCGUCACUCUGAAACGUGGAUCAGAUGAUUCCGUUCAGUAUUCUGAAAUACANCGAAUCACGUUAGAAGGAAGUAAUGAACAAGGAGCUAAUCUCACGUUAGGUAAAAGUUGGACUCUUAUAUAUAAUGGAUUUACUGGUCUAGGAGUGUCUCCGGCGAGAUAUGACUGUGCAACAAGACAAUGUGUCAACAACUCAAUUAGUUAUACAAGUUAUCGCUUUCUCGUCACUCUGAAACGUGGAUCAGAUGAUUCCGUUCAGUAUUCUGAAAUACAGUUCUAUGGCUAUUAA